AUGGAUGGAAAACAGCCACGUCACAUUGAUGGCCUUGUUGGUGACGACGAGAGGGUUUUGCAGUGUCCUUCUGACGAUGCGAGCAUGAUAGUCUACAAAGCCAAAUCGCAACUAGUUGGCUCCCUUGACACUGGAAACCCUUCUGCAAUCCGCGCAGAUCAUAUUAUCGACAAUCUUGAUUCCUUCUUCGAUGACUCGGAUUCCGAUACCAACAUCUACAACCUUUCAGGUUCCGAAAACUAUCGCCCUAAAGUCAUGCCUGAAUACAACUACGAUCACACUUUCGAUUAUAGCACCAUGGAAGUUCUCCGUUGUGAUGGAGGCAGUUUUCACGUGAGAAUACAGCUGCUUUUGCAGUUCCGAUUUUUUCGCCGCCUCCUGUCGUUGCCACGGCCUGUCGAUGGAUGGAAUAUCCCAGGCGUACGUCGUUCGGUAUUCGCCGUGCUUGUCGCCUCCAUGGCUUCUGUCGAUGGCCUCGCCGGCACGGAGCCGACAAUUAACCUUCCUCGGCUGGUAUCUGCACUUCAGCUCGCCAUCCAGUGGGGACUUUCAAUCGUCAUUACGAAACUGCGGUUCACCAUAUGGCGUUACAUCCAGCACCGAAUCCUUCGUUACCACCCGUUCGGUGUGAGAAAGAAUGCCGUCGACGGUGAAGCCGUCAUGGAUGAAAGUUACUUCAUAUUUCGCUCCCAAGAGCUCUACCGCGCUUGGAAGCUUGUCUUUGGCUGUCCCUUUACCGAAAAUGUUCUGGCUGCGUUUGAGUUGCCACUUCUGGUCUCUCUCGUCGUGCCAAAAGAACUAUGGGUAGGAAUAUUGACAGGCCUUGACAAAGAUUUCGUCUAUUCUGUCGAAACGAUCGACAAUGAACGGCAUUCAUACAUGACCUCGGAAGAAUCAUUCACUGCCGUCUCCCAGCAGUACAUGCUGAGUCUGGAUUUCUGGGAGUGUGGCUACUUUCGAGAACAGCCACUACUGCCUAUCUGCAGAAGCAUCGGCAUUAGACCUCCCUCCUUCUAUCGGGGUUAUCCGGUCUCGCUCAAGCAUCUCCCGGGAGACAAGAACGAGCGUUAUCCGCUGAAUUCGAAGGUCUGGGAAGUGGAUGCUCGCACUAUUGCUGACGACGACGCAAACCAGCUGGCUCACGGUCGGUUUUGCACGGUCCCUAGUCACUGGCCAAGUGUAGGUUACGCUUUGGCGAGAAAGUGA